AUGUGGAUGGGGUUAAAUCCACUACCAACUUUGGCAAGUUAUUGGAGCAAAAAUGAAAUGUAUCAAACACAUAUUCCUAAGUAUAUGACCAGAAACAGAUUCGAGUUGCUUUUGAGAACUUUUCAUUGUUCAAACAAUCAAAUAUGUCCUAGAGGUGACAGAUUGUAUAAAGUUCGUGGUUUGGUUGAUAUGCUAGUGAGCAAAUAUAAAGUAUGCAACAUACCAGGGGAAAAUUUGUGUAUUGACGAAUCGGUGAUUCCAUUUGUUGGACGUUUGUCGUUCCGUCAAUACAUAAAAAAUAAAAGGCAUCGAUACGGCAUAAAAAUAUUUAAAUUAUGUAUAAAUGAUGGGUAUACUAUUGGAUUUAAAAUAUAUGCUGGUCAAGAAGCUAUCCCGGGAGUGGCAGUUUCAACGAAAAUUGUAAUGGAGUUAGCUGCAGAUUAUUUAGAUGAGGGUAGAACCAUGUUUACAGACAACUGGUACACAUCAGUCAGUUUAGCAAAUGAACUUUUAAGCCGAUCAACUAAUCUUGUAGGUACAUUACGUUCUAACAGGAAGUUUAACCCAAAAGACGUAAUAAACGCUAAAUUAAAGAAAGGUGAAAUAAAAUCAAGCCAAAAUGAAAAUAAUACCGUGAUUAUGAAGUGGAAGGACAAACGCGAUGUACUUAUGUUGUCAAAAAAACACAAAGACAAUUUAAUAGAAACAACUAAUAAACGUGCUCAAAAAUUAUUCAAACCAAAAAUGGUAAUGGAUUAUAAUAAGGCAAAAGGUUUUGUCGAUAUUUCUGAUUUGAGAAAUUCUUACCACUCACCACUUCGUCGAUCAUUAAAAUGGUAUAGAAAAAUUGCAUUCGAAAUUUUACUAAAUACAAGUUUAUUAAAUGCAUUGACAUUAUUUAAUACUGUGACUGGUAAUAAAAUGGGUGUGACAGAAUUUAGAGAAAAUAUAGUUCAAGCUUUACUAAUGAAAACAACCAACAUACCAAUGAUAUCCAAACCAACUGAAGGAGAAAUUCAUAAGAUUGUUAAUUCUAAUCGUGGUAGGUGUUCAAAUUGUUAUUUCGAAAUGGUUCAACAAGGUGGAAGGGAACACGCACAAAAAAUUACACGUAAAUUUGUAUUGGUUGAGGUGAAUGUACACAAUUACAAAUUAGGAGCCUACAUAAGAAUACAAGAUCAGAAGACGUGA